GGGCCGGGUUUUUUUUUAUUGUUUGGCGACAAUGGCGGAGGAGACGGAGGCGCUUCUGAGCGCCGGCGAUGGCGGCAACGAAAUCGGCCCCGACGGCGGCGACGACGAGGCGGCGCUGUCCGGCUGCGGCGCCUCGCCGCUGUGCAACCCGCGGCGCACGCCCCAUCGCUUCGUGGUCCUCGUCUUCAUGUGUUUCCUGGGCUUCGGAAGCUACUUCUGUUAUGACAACCCAGCAGCCCUCCAGACGCAGGUUAUGCAGGACAUGAAAGUGAACACCGCCUCCUUCAUGCAGCUCUAUGCCUGGUAUUCGUGGCCCAACGUGAUUCUCUGCUUCUUCGGAGGCUUCCUCAUUGACCGCGUUUUUGGGGUCAGGCUUGGAACAAUUAUCUUUGGCCUCUUUGUCUUCAUUGGCCAGAUCAUCGUUGCUGUCGGAGCGUUUACCGAUGCGUACUGGCUCAUGGAGCUGGGAAGAUUUGUCUUUGGUAUCGGCGGGGAGUCUCUGGCUGUGGCUCAAAACACGUACGCGGUGAACUGGUUCAAAGGCAAGGAGCUGAACCUGGUGUUUGGUCUGCAGCUCAGCAUGGCUCGAUUGGGAAGUACAGUGAACAUGAAUGUGAUGGGCAUUCUGUACAACAAAGUGGCACAGACGUAUGGGUCGGGUCACUCCUGCCUGGGCAUCUCUCUCAUGAUCGCGUCAGUCACCUGCCUCUUCUCGCUGGCGUGUGCGCUCAUCCUGGGCUUCCUGGACAAGCGUGCCGAAAAAAUCCUGCACAAGGAGCAAGGCAAAACAGGAGAGGUGGUGAGGCUGACCGACGUCAAGGACUUCCCAGCAUCGCUCUGGAUGGUCUUCAUGGUGUGCGUCGGAUAUUACGUGGCUGUUUUCCCAUUCAUCGGCCUAGGGAAAGUUUUCUUUGAAGAGAAGUUUGGCUUCAGUGCCCCCAGCGCAGGAGCAGUAAACAGCAUUGUGUACGUCAUUUCGGCCCCCGCGUCCCCCGUGCUGGGGUUCAUGGUGGAUCGCGUGGGCAAGAACAUCCUGUGGGUGCUCGUGGCCGUGUUGGCCACGCUGGGAGCUCACGUCAUGCUCGCCUUCACCUUCUGGAAUCCUUGGAUCCCAAUGAGCCUGAUGGGAGUGGCCUAUUCCCUACUGGCGUGUGCGCUGUGGCCGAUGGUGUCGUUUAUUGUGCCGGAGCACCAGCUUGGGACAGCCUAUGGAUUCAUGCAGUCCAUACAGAACCUGGGGCUGGCGGUGAUUGCCAUUGCUGCUGGCUCCAUCCUGGACUCGAGCGGAUACCUCUUCCUGGAGCUCUUCUUCUGCAUCUGCUUGUGCUUUGCCUUGAUCGCCACUGUUCUACUCUACCUGAUCGACCUGAUCAGAGACGGCGGCCUCAACCUCUCCUCCAGGGAAAGAGACAAGAAACGGGAGCUCGAUGCGGCUGACUGAGCGGAAUAUCCGGCGAUGCCCCCGUCUAUAUGUGAGAGGCAUCUGGGACGACUUCUUUAACUUCUGCCGCUCUCGAAUCUGGCUUUCGCAGCUUUAGGCUUGGCACGCUCUGUAAAAAGAAAUCUUGCUUGGCAGAUGCGCGCGCUUCUCCCCCGCUUGCAGUAGAAUCAGCAUGGCUGCCGUUUUACUUUCGGCAGCGACAGAUCGGGGGUGGUCCCCGCUUGUGCAAUUUUAAGAUGUAAAAUUUGUGAUUUUGUUUGUUUAUUUUACUUGUAGAGAUAAUCCUACUGAGAUACAAAAACACUUUUUUUCUAAGCGCUUAUAUUUUAAGCAAAAGCAAUGCUUGGCUCGCUCUUAUUUUAUAAUGGCACUAAAUCUAUCGGCGUGGAAAAAUAUAAUAUUCACAUUACUUAUUUUUUUUUCUAUUUGCUUUCUUACCUGUGUGGCUCUCGUGCGGCUAAGGUAGUGGGGUAUGCAGGUUCUGUCGGGCGCUUUGCUUGCUUUUAAUGCUCUUGCUGAAUUUAUUUACACCGCUGGCACACAGUGUUAGAACAACUCAAUUUCUGUAAGUAUCUGCAUCCAGCAGUUCUCUUGGGCUGGACAUCACAGUGGGUUCCGCGUUACAGCAAUCAGAGGAACCAGGAUCCUCUCCUUGUCACAUAAUAAGUGGGAAUGAGAUCUGGGAAUGCUCUCCAGGACAGAGACGAUGGGAAGUUGGGUGCGGAAAAUGGGAUUUGAAAGUCUUAGAAACCAGAUGUAGGGACGCGUUUAUGAUUGCAAUUUACAUCACUAUCGUUGAUAGAAAUCUCUUAUCGAUUCGCUCGGAAUGCGCCCGAUCUCAUCAGAUCGUGAAAACUAAACGCGGUUUAACCUUGAUAGUGCUUCGAUGAGUGACCACCAUGCAUACAACCGGUGUUGUAGGUUGCUACAGGGCUGUGUUGGCAGCAGAGGGCAGUGCAGUAUAAAUCCAUUGUACUGUACUACGUACACUCCCAAUGUCUGCUUCCCUUAAUGGCCAACCCGCACUGACCAGCUUGGUGAAGUAUGGUCAAAUAACCCCCACAACCUACAUGGUGUGGGGAAGCCCUCAUCUGGCAGUGGAUUGACAAAGGGGCUGAACGUGUACACCUGUUAUCAGACUUUACAAUGAUAUUGUCAUUGCGAUUCAUUACGUUUCACCGUUACGUUUGUAAUUGAUUCCAGGUCUGAUGAAAACUUAGGGAAAUGCAAGCACUUUCCAUGCUGCCUUGAUGCACUUUGUAAAACCUGGGUCAAAUGAAUCAACUGCAAUACCUCACAAUUGGUAUUACAAGGGAAUGACCACUUGAUUCAGUCUCAUUUUUGGAUCGCUCUGUUUACAAUUGAAUUUGUACUCAUAAAGCAUCUAAACAUGUAAUUGUGGGCAUCCUGGGAGCUCUGUUGUAAUUUAAAUUGAUGCUUAACAUUGUUACCAUUGUAAUUUACGAUAUGCCCGGUCUCUUUAUAGGUUUUAAAUGCUGCACUUAAAUCUAUUUGUUAAUGGCCAACACCAGUGGCUCGGCGAUUAUGCGCACGCUCGAUGAAUGCUCGAUGUUGGCAUGCUUCGGUUUUACAUGUCACCCAAAGUUGUACGCGUUGUUCAUUAACGAAAGGUCGCCAGGUGGUUUAGAGGUCAGACCACUGAGCUGGCACCACUGAGAUCCAGGUUGUCAAAAUUGCGGGUCGCUGCCCGCCGGCGAUUUAAACCGGGGGGCCCUCUUGUGUAGCGAAGCGACGGUGGUCUCAGCCUGCUCGCGCACCGGCGACUUCACAAAGAAAUCAUGGCAUUAAAUCUGCGCCCCUACUUUAUUCUAGUUUGGUGAGCAUUAAAAACAUUGAAUUUGGCUGUCAUGUGACGCGAACAUCACUUCAUAGCAGAAUGUGGGGGACGAAAAAUGCUUUCACCUUGUGUGGAACGGAGGUCACUAGAAGGCACUUGGGAAGUAGUUCUGUGACGUCUGCUUCCAUAGGCCGUUGUCUGACAUGGGGUGUUGCACUCAAUGCUCUGCGUUGAAUAUCAAUACAUUAUUCAUGAACGCAGCAUGAUGCCGACAGCAUAAUUUGGAGUUACAUUUGUUGACAAAUAUUUUUAAAUGUUAAAAAGAAGUUCAAAGCACAUAUAGAAAUAAAGAUUUGUUACUUAUAUUUCUAUUUCCAUAACUCAUAAGAUUGUUUCAUUUUGCUGUUUUAAUUGUUAUCUUUUAAUGUAUAUGAUUCUUACAAUAGCUUUACAAGGCAUUCUUCUGCAUGUGCAAUUAUGUAAAAGAAAGCAAGAGUUCAUGGUUGUUAUAUUUUAAAAUUAACAGCUGAACGGGUUUUGGGUCACUUGAACAUUUUAAUACUAACCCAAUUACCAUAUUUAAUGUCAGAGAUUAUACAAAGUAUUUCAUUGUCAUACUUUUAUAAGGUUUAGUCAUUUCAAAAGUACCACACUUAAAUCGUAUGAUUAUGAAUGGGAUGGUGCUGCUCCGUUUUACGCGUUCGAAAUUCAGGAUGGGGGAGAAUUUGUAUCGGGUGUCGUGCACUUGAAAUAUAAAUGGCAAAAGAAUGCUA